GUUUAAAGCAGACGACAUGGCCGACAGCAAAGCCCACGCCUCGUCUGGCCUCAACAAGGAGGCGGCCAUCGCGACCAAUGGCAUGGACCUUCAUCAACAUGCCUCGACAAAUAGCGAGGAGAAGGGUCCCGAAUUGGAGCAAGUUGAGGAUUCCCAAACCAAACCAAAGUUCCUUGGCAAACGGCAAAGAGUCCGCCGCCACUGUGCCAGGCGUUGGUGGUGGUGGCUCAUCGGGGUCAUCGUGUUUCUUGCAAUUUUCUUGCCAUGCCUGUUCCUCAAGAUCAUACCAGCCGUCAUCCAGGACAUGAUCAACAAGACAGACCUUCCAAUCCUGAAUGCCACUAUUGGGGCAUAUUCUGCGACAGAGUUGCAGUUCAGUUUCAGCACUGUCUUCAAGGCUCCAGGAAGCAUAAGUGCCCGCAUGGAGUCCUUCAACCUGUCCUUGUAUAACGCUUUCACCGAAGGGUACUAUCCCUACACAUACGUAACACUCCCAGAACAGGAACUGAAAGGGUCGACGGACAUAUCAAUCGCUUCCACUUCGCCAGUCACCAACUACACGGAGUUGGAGAAGUGGCUGAACACGACCUUUUACGGCGUGACGACCGAACUCAGCUUCCAUGGCUCGACAAGGCUUCACUUUGGUGCUUUGUCUGCGCCGGUUUCCAUCAAGAAGACUGUGACGAUUGCUGGCCUGAAUCAAUUGCAAGGCUUUGCGGUCGACUCUUCCGACAUUCUCGGUACUCCAGAAGCCGAUGGAAGCAACCUGAUUGGCAACGUCACAAUUCCAAAUCCUGGCACGGUAGCCAUCGAGUUUGGAGAGCUCAUCUUCAACGCGGCCAUUGCAAAUAUCAUAAUCGGAAACAUGAGCAUCUCAGACGCAACACUCUACCAGGGCAAUAACACUUUCCCAUUUACAGGCAUCAUGGACAUGAACACGAUGCUUGCCAACUACAAUACUAUCAUGGCAAAUGCGUCAGGCAAUGGAUCCGAUGCGACCCUGGUCAUGGCUAUCACCGGGAACAGCUGUCUAAUCAAUGGUCAGCAUAUCCCCUACGUAGAAGCAGUACUCGACAACACCACAAUGUACUCCACCGUACCGGUUUCUGAUUUUGGAGGUUGAAUUUUCUCCUUCCUCUCUCUCUCUCUCUCUCUCUCUUUCCCCAUGGUCUGACGGGCUCGAUGCCGUGGGGAAAUCUGGCGGUGUAAAGUUCUUAUUUAGUCGAAACCAGUGGUCGGCUCUGGGAACAUGGGUGUGCCAUCUCAAUUAUCGGAUGAACGGGAAACGGCAUAGGAAUGGGAUGGAUCAUGAUACGAGAUCUUGAAGGAUUGAACGACGAGGACUGGCUCCAAGCAGCUGAGAGACAUGCACAGCCUUCGACUAAGGAAGUUUGGCUAAGGUUUAGUGGAAAGUCUGGUACUCCACCAAAGAGGGUUCGACACGUCCCGAUUUACCCGAUUCUCUUGCAUCUCACGAACAUCUUCAUUCACAUGCCCAUGCCACGCAGCGGCAUGUUUUC